UGGGGUAGAUCAGGGUAUUUUUUGUUUCAUUUAUUACUUUUUCUGUGUAAAACACUGUGCUAUAUGGUUGUGUAUGAAAAGUGUUCUAUAAAUAAAGACUGAUUGAUUGAUUAUUCAGGUAGUUUGUGGGUUAGUUACUCAGUCAGUCGGUCAGUUAGUUAGUUAGUUAAUCAGUCAGUAAUUUAGUAGUGAAAUGGUGAAGUCAGUAGAAUAAACCGCUGUUCUCAUCCUGAAUGUUUUAACAAUGACAGAGUGAACCUUAACUCUUUGACGUUUCAGAAACUUCAUAAACUGAUUGAUUGAUUAUUCAGGUAGUUUGUUGGUUAGUUAAUCAGUCAGUUAGUUACUGAGUUAUUUAGUUAAUUAGUUAGUUACUCAGUUAGUUAGUUACUCAGUUAUUUCGUAGUGAAAUGGUAAAGUCAGUAGAAUAAACCGCUGUCCUCAUCCUGAAUGUUUUAACGAUGACAGGGUUAACCUAAACUCUCUGACGUCUCAGGAGCUUCAUAAACUGCUGGAUUAUCCGAGCAGCACGUGAACGCAGCACUAAUUUAACACACAUUCACAUACUGAUGUCAAUACCCUGUUACCAGGGCAACAGGCCUAAUCAGGUCAAAGGUCAUGGAUAGGAUAGUUUAAUCAGGUUUAUCUCUCUCCGGUCGUUACCUCUCCCGGUGAGGCCGUCGGUACCGGUACCGUCCGUCCUCCCGUCCUCCAGCUGCUCCGCUCCGUUUCGUGGUGCGUUCAGUGUCCGGGCAGCAGUGAGUGUUUCCCGGCCGCUGAUCAGCAGCAGCAGCGGCAGCAGCAGAGCCGCAGACCCGCUCAUCCUCCCAGUCACCGGACACUGGACCGGUAACAGGUCGGUGCGGUGAGAUGACCCGGUCCAGUUACCUCAGCGUGUCUGAACACCGGGACAGGUUCUGGUCCGGCUCCAUGCUCUCUCCGAUAACAUCCACAGAAACCAGCGGGGUCAGAACUUCAGCUGUCCGGGGAGAGGGACCGGUGACUCGGCGUUAAUCUACCGGGCAGCCCGCCCGGUCCUCCGGUUCUCCGGUCCUUAAUUGCGCAGCUGUGAAAAAAAACAAGUCCUGGAGCCAAGAAGACCCGUCAACGGGUCGGAACCGCCCGAGUUAAGUCGGCUGUGUUCGUGUGGACUCCGGUCGGUUCUGUUUUAACGCCGUUUGUUACCGGAAACACCGAUCUGCGCGUGUUUUAAGCGCGAUCUGACGCUGACGUCAUCCAGCUCAGUAAAAUCAACGGAGACUGACCGGAAAUACACUCAGACCGGGUUUUCAAAAUAAAAGCUGUCCAAUUAAAAUGAAGCUUUUAAGAUGGUUUUUAGAGAAUCUAAACUCGCCCAGUUCAGAACCAGAACCAGCCCCGAGGGUGAGGAAAGUCAGGUCUGUGAAAACAUCUUUAUCUACCACCAUUAUUCCAGGGGCGUGUCCUGGGGGGGGGGGGGGGGGGAUUUCUCUGGUGUGUGUAAGCUAACGGUUGUUACCAUAGUUUCAUGUGCUUAUCUGGUACUGGCCCUGACUCAGUACAUGCUAUCAUGACAGAAAGCCAUCUCGACACUAGUGUCUCACACACAUGUCUAGUGUCUAGUCCUCUGCCUCUUCAAACUUGCAGCUAAUUGUUUCAGCAGAACUUCAAAUUGUCCAAUGGACAUCUGAAAAUAGGUUCUGAAGUGACCGUGGUACAGUUUCAGCUCCUGAACCAAGCAGUGAAAUUCACCUCCGAAUAUUUCGUAAUUUCGCAUUCUAUAUAUCGGCCCCGGUGUGUAAGGACCUUUAACCUGCUGAAAGGUGUUUUUUUUUUUCAGUUUGUCUGAUCCUGACUGAAACACUUCUUCAGCACACUCCAACAGUGACGGGCUGAGAGAGAGUGGAUUUCUAUGUUCUAUUUUUUUUUACUGUGAGAUGAUCACGUCUUUGUUCGUCUUUUAUAACCCCGCAGAUUCUCGUCCAGCUGAAUCUAUUUCCAUCUAAAGUUGGUGGUUUUCAAACAUCCCUGUUAUUGUUUAUUCGUCAUUUAUUUCCGUCAUUUUAUUGGGUUAUGAUGUGUUUUCCUGCUCUACCUGUUGGAAAUCAUUACUGAAAAUGUGAUAUGUUUGUGUGAUUAGUAAAUAAAACCAGCCUCAGUUUCUUUUUAUCCAGAGAACAAGUCCUGAUUCAGGGCCCAGCACUGACCCCAGUGGGACACCACAAGGAAAAUCCAAACCCUCUGAACAACCAACCCCCAUCUUCUUCACAGAGGUACUGAAAUAUCCCCCAAUCCAGUCUGGCCCUAAUGAUAGACCCUCCAACCUAUGAAUCUAUGAAUCUGGAUUAAGUGAUCUAGUUUCUAAAGAUCCAGAAAAACGACAUCUGUGAGUUUGAAAGGAUUUCCUCAAUUGAUCCUGUCAGUGUCAACCAAUCUGUUAUGACUGUCAUUAUACUGUAUGGACAAUAAUAUCAACUGAAAUACAACUGUGUAUAUACACUCACCGGCCACUUUAUGAGGUACACCAUGCUAGUAACGGGUUGGACCCCCUUUUGCCUUCAGAACUGCCUCAAUUCUUCGUGGCAUAGAUUCAACAAGGUGCUGGAAGCAUUCCUCAGAGAGCUUGGUCCAUAUUGACAUGAUGGCAUCACACAGUUGCCGCAGAUUUGUCGGCUGCACAUCCAUGAUGCGAAUCUCCCGUUCCACCACAUCCCAAAGAUGCUCUAUUGGAUUGAGAUCUGGUGACUGUGGAGGCCAUUUGAGUACAGUGAACUCAUUGUCAUGUUCAAGAAACCAGUCUGAGAUGAUUCCAGCUUUAUGACAUGGCGCAUUAUCCUGCUGAAAGUAGCCAUCAGAAGUUGGGUACAUUGUGGUCAUAAAGGGAUGGACAUGGUCAGCACCAAUACUCAGGUAGGCUGUGGCGUUGCAACGAUGCUCAAUUGGUACCAAGGGGCCCAAAGAGUGCCAAGAAAAUAUUCCCCACACCAUGACACCACCACCACCAGCCUGAACCGUUGAUACAAGGCAGGAUGGAUCCAUGCUUUCAUGUUGUUGACACCAAAUUCUGACCCUACCAUCCGAAUGUCACAGCAGAAAUCGAGACUCAUCAGACCAGGCAACGUUUUUCCAAUCUUCUAUUGUCCAAUUUCGAUGAGCUUGUGCAAAUUGUAGCCUCAGUUUCCUGUUCUUAGCUGAAAGGAGUGGCACCCGGCGUGGUCUCCUGCUGCUGUAGCCCAUCUGCCUCAAAGUUCGACGUACUGUGCGUUCAGAGAUGCUCUUCUGCCUACCUUGGUUGUAACGGGUGGUUAUUUGAGUCACUGUUGCCUUUCUAUCAGCUCGAACCAGUCUGGCCAUUCUCCUCUGACCUCUGGCAUCAACAAGGCAUUUCCGCCCACAGAAGUGCCGCUCACUGGAUAUUUUUUCUUUUUCGGACCAUUCUCUGUAAACCCUAGAGAUGGUUGUGCGUGAAAAUCCCAGUAGAUCAGCAGUUUCUGAAAUACUCAGACCAGCCCUUCUGGCACCAACAACCAUGCCACGUUCAAAGUCACUCAAAUCACCUUUCUUCCCCAUACUGAUGCUCGGUUUGAACUGCAGGAGAUAGUCUUGACCAUGUCUACAUGCCUAAAUGCACUAAGUUGCCGCCAUGUGAUUGGCUGAUUAGAAAUUAAGUGUUAACGAGCAGUUGGACAGGUGUACCUAAUAAAGUGGCCGGUGAGUGUAUAUACACAGUUUAUAUUUAAUUUAUAUCAAGUAUUAAAAUGUAAAAAUCUGCAGGGACCAUUCUCACAGCCUCAAAGGUCUGUGUGUCUUCAGCAGAUCUCAGGUCAGAGGAAAGAUCCUGUUUUCAUUUUUUCUGCAGGUUUUAAAGUCGAACCUGAAGACGACGGUCACAAAGUCUCAGACGCUUUUGUCCGAAGUGAUGCAGAUCUGAGAGUAAAAACAGCCCUGAGGUCCAGAAGAACAUCAGGAGAGUCUGGAUCCUGCUGCUGAUCAGCGGAUUAUACACACCCCUGUAUGUGAGUGUGUGUGUGUAAGCUGCUCAGGUGACCAGCAUACAUACAUAUGUGCACACACACAUACACACAUGUGCAUGUGUGUAUGUGUGAGUGUGCACACACACAUGCCCACAC